AUGGAUCGGUCAGAGAAAUCGCCGAAGAAAGUCUCAUCACUGAGAUCUUCAUUUCCGAGAGAUCCACGUGGCUCACUCGAAGUAUUCAAUCCAAACACUUCAACUUCAACGAACUCGGGCGAGCGUUCGCAGCCGAUUCGGAAACCAUGGAUGGAGCCGGAGGAACCGCGCAACGAAAUCUCCGCCACGUCGUGGAUGGCAAUUAAUCCAGAGCCGCUGACAGACGGAGAAUGUGGCGCGGCAGUGCAAAGGGCCGCGGAGUGGGGGUUGGUGCUCCAAACCGACACCAAGACCGGCAAGCCGCAGGGCGUGGCGGUGAGGAACUCCGGCGGCGAGGAACCCAGGAAGAACUCUCAGAGCUCCGUCAGAACCUCUGGCGACUCCACCGACGGAGGCACCGUGGGUGGGACUCCGGGCAUUUCGGAGGAAGUGGUGGGGGCUUUAUCGGCUUUCCAACAAACUUUUGUGGUCUCGGAUGCUACCAAACCCGAUUUCCCGAUCCUGUUUGCGAGUGCCGGGUUCUUUCAUAUGACGGGGUAUACGUCCAAGGAAGUUAUCGGGAGAAACUGUCGGUUUUUGCAGGGUGCGGAUACGGAUCCUGCUGACGUGGCAAAGAUACGGGAAGCAUUGCGUAUUGGGAGCGGUUACUGUGGAAGGUUGUUAAAUUACAAGAAGGAUGGGACACCUUUCUGGAACCUUCUCACCAUUUCACCCAUUAAGGACGAAGAUGGCAAGGUGCUCAAAUUUAUCGGAAUGCAAGUUGAGGUUAGCAAGCACACGGAGGGGUUCAAGGAGAAGACCGUACGUCCCAAUGGAAUGCCCGAAUCCUUGAUUCGAUACGAUGCACGCCAGAAAGAGAAGGCUACAAGCUCAGUAUCUGAGUUGGUGCAGGCCAUGAAUCGCCCCCGAGCAUUGAGUGAAUCCGCAACCCGUCCCUUUAUCAGAAAAUCAAGAUUUGCUGAGGAAGAAAAACAAUCACAACAUGCCGAAAAAGAGAAAGGGAAAGUAGAGAAAACAUCAAGAAGAAAAUCUGAGAGUACGGCUUCAUUUGGAAGCAAAUCUGAAAGAGGAAAUCAAAUUUCAAUGCACCGAAACAGUGAUGUGCCUGAAAAUAAACUGAGAAACUCUCUGCGCCGUUCUUUCAUGGGGUUCAGGCGGAAAAGUCAGUCCACCAAUGAAAGCGUGGAAAGUGAAAUUGGGGACGUCACCUUUCAGUAUGAGGAUGAUGAGAGGCCUGAUAGUUUUGAACUAGAUGACAUAGAAAAGACGAGGGAAAAGAGAAAAGGUCUUGAUCUUGCUACCACGCUUGAGCGCAUUGAGAAAAACUUUGUCAUUUCUGAUCCAAGGCUUCCAGACAAUCCAGUAAUCUUUGCAUCCGAUAGUUUCUUAGAGCUUACAGAAUAUAGUCGUGAAGAAAUCUUGGGAAGGAAUUGCAGGUUUCUGCAAGGACCUGAAACUGAUCGAGCAACUGUGAGAAAAAUUAAAGAGGCAAUUGACAACCAAACAGAAGUUACCGUGCAACUGAUUAAUUAUACCAAGAGUGGUAAGCUGAAUGUUAGGGAAUGCUUACCAGGAAAGAAGUUCUGGAACCUGUUUCAUUUACAACCUAUGCGUGAUCAGAAGGGAGAGGUGCAAUAUUUUAUUGGUGUUCAACUUGAUGGCAGUCAACACGUAGAGCCUCUUCACAACCGCAUCAACGAAGAUACUGCAAAGGAGGGAGAACAAAUGAUCAAACAAACUGCAGAAAAUGUUGAUUUGGCGGUGAGAGAUCUUCCGGAUGCUAAUACGAAACCACACGAUUUAUGGGAAAAUCAUUCAAAACCAGUUUACCCCAAACCCCAUAGGAAGAAUGAUCCAGCAUGGAAAGCUAUCCAGAAGGUCCUAGAAAGUGGAGAACAGAUAGGCUUAAAGCACUUUAGGCCGAUUAAACCUUUAGGUUCUACUGUUAACGUGGGGGUUAAAUUAAGUGUCAGUGUGCAUCUGGUGGAGCUACGUGGAACAGGUCAAUAUUUUGCCAUGAAGGCUAUGGAUAAGGGUGUGGUGCUGAAUCGUAACAAGGUGCAUAGAACUUGCGCAGAGAGAGAAAUCCUUGACAAGCUGGAUCACCCUUUUCUACCUGUAUUAUAUGCUUCGUUCCAGACCAAAACACACAUUUGUUUGGUAACUGAUUAUUGUCCUGGGGGAGAACUAUUCCUGCUUCUUGAUCGGCAACCAACUAAGACUCUAAACGAGGACGCGGUGAGAUUUUAUGUAGCUGAGAUAGUGAUUGCAUUGGAGUACCUUCACUGCCAAGGGAUAAUAUAUCGAGAUUUGAAACCUGAAAAUGUGUUAAUUCAGAGCAACGGGCAUGUGUCGCUAACCGAUUUUGAUUUGUCAUGUUUAACAUAUACUAAGCCACAGCUUAUAAUUUCAGUUUUCAAUUCAAAAAAGAAAAAGAAGAAACAUAAAAUUCAGGAGGUUCCAAUGUUUAUGGCUGAACCAAUGAGAGCAUCAAAUUCUUUUGUUGGCACGGAAGAGUACAUAGCUCCGGUUUGUCACACUAGUGCUGUGGAUUGGUGGGCUAUAGGUAUUCUUAUAUAUGAAAUGCUUUUUGGAUAUACUCCAUUCCGCGGGAGAACAAGACAAAAAACAUUUGCAAAUAUUCUUCACAAGGAUCUUAAAUUUCCCAAAGGUAAACUGGUUACUGUCAUGGUUAAGCAGCUAAUUUAUUUGUUGUUGCAAAGAGAUCCCAGCAAAAGAUUGGGGGCACGUGAGGGAGCAAAUGAAAUUAAACAGCAUCCUUUCUUCCAGGGUGUCAAUUGGGCACUAGUUCGUUGCAUGAAACCUCCUGAGCUUGAUGCUCCUGCGUUACCGACAAUUGAAGAAGAAGAAAGAAUAGCCAAAGAUACUGAGGAUUUACGGACAAAUUUUUUCUGA